AUGUCUGCUUGGACUUGCCACGGCUUCCAACCACUUUUCGCGCAUCCGGACCUGAAUCGCCCUCAGAAGGGAAUGCUUGGAGAAGUCCUGAAAGACCAAAGACCUGAAAGAACCGGUUUUGGGACCGCUUCCAAAAAAGGAGUUUGCCGGAGACGUGUAGCUUGCCAUGGACAACGACUGGCGUGUCGUUGUCCAUGGACACACCAGUCGUUGUCCAUGGCGAGCCACACGGACAAUGGUCAA